ACAAAACCACAGUUAAGGAGGUUAAGUGAGUCAUUUUAAUUUUGAGGAAGAUAAAAUGGGAUUUAACCAAAGUUUCAGGAAGUGAUACAUUAAAUAAGACAAAUAACAAAUCCAAAUUACAAUACAACGAAGAUUGAUUCCGAGGCGGAAUAAGGAAAAUAAAAAGGGCGUGGUGCGAGAGAGAGAAUACUCCCAUCGCAUUCGCAUCGCAUCCGGCAAUAGGGUUUGAUAGAUGGCGGGUGCUAGUGCUGCUAGGGCAAGUAGAUCAGUAAUGGCGGCGGCUGCGGCUGCGGCUAUGCCGGAGUCGAAAGUAAUUGCGGCGAAAGUGAAGACAAAGACUUGUUGUUCAGAGUUGUGCAAGUUCCUUGGCAUCCCUGAACGCACUCGCUCUCCCACCGCACUCUUAAUUUCCAGGUUCAUUAGUCUCUACAACCAUCAGAGUCCCGGUAUCAAAGACCGUAAUUGGGAGGAGAACUUGAAGACCUUAUUGCAUGGGAAAAACAGAGUUGGACUCUCUGAAAUCACCAGAUUGCUCUCCCCCGAAUUCACCUAUUCUCGUAUCAAAAGCACUGCCGCACCCACUGCCGCACCCACUGCCAUCGCUGACCAGAAACAGCACGAUCUCAAUAAAUCCAAGAAAACCAAAGGAAAGACCUUGAAGAACAAGUAGCAAAAACUGCCUUCAAUUUACAUUUUCUGUUUCAAAUUUAAUCUUUGAGAACCCUUAACUGUUCUAUUUCGAUUACCAUCUGUUUAUGCAUAUUAGAAUUACUUUGCGUCAUUGGACUGUCUUCCAAUGAAAUGAAGUGAUUAAAAAUUUGAAUUUCGAAGAAGAAGAGGAGGGGAAAUGAGAGAGAGAUCCACCCUAUCUUUAAUAAAGGAUUCCGUGGAUCUCCACUGAAUGACCAACUAUACUAUAGGAUGUGUUUUUCUGGGUUGGUUGAUCUAUUUCGUAUACCGUAUUAGACUUUGGAUAUGAGUAAAUAAUAUAUAUCAGUUGUUUGAU